UCUUUGCACUCAGAGACAUACAUUCAAAUCAGUCCUUGCAAAAACAGUCUUUUGAGUCGAUCAUCAUCAGAUUACAGAUUGUAAUCCAAAAACACUAGGGACAUGGCAUCAGGAGGGAUCAUGAUCGGCCUUGUCCUCGUGCUCGCCGCCACGCUGUGGCCUAGGUCCGCGGCCCAGUCCGGGUGCACCUCCGCCCUCGUGAGCCUCACGCCGUGCCUCGGCUUCAUCACCGGGAAUUCGUCCACCCCGUCGUCCUCAUGCUGCUCCCAGCUCGCCAGCGUCGUCCAGGCGUCCCCCCGGUGCCUCUGCUCGGUCAUGAAUGGCACCGGCCUGACGUUCGGCAUCCCCAUCAACCAGACCCUCGCCCUGGCGCUCCCCAACGCUUGCAAUGUGCAGACCCCACCAAUCAGCCAGUGCAAUGCGGUCGCUAAUGCACCGACAGCGCCCAGCGUGGGUGCACCGACGGCGCCCAGUGUGGGUGCACCGGAGGUGCCUCCGGUGGCUUCACCGCCGGAUUCUCCAGCAGAAUCUUCCCACGAGACUCCAAAUGCUGCAGCACCAGCUGCCUCAACUACUCCUUCAGGGACUACAGGACCAGGAGGGUCUAAAGCUGUGCCGUCAACAGAGGGGAACACAUCUGAUGGAAGCAUUGUGAAAGCUCAACUUCAUCUUGCCGCGUUGGUCGUCCUCGUGGCUUCGAUCUUCAAGAGAUUCUGAAUCAUACAGUCGAAGCUUUGGAUCGUGCCGCGUUCAUUUGUUUGAUUAUUCUUUUACAGCGUCGCUCGCCUUGUGUGCGUAUUGAGAAUUAUUCUGGUUGCCUCCAUUUAUGGCGGUGCAAUGUACUGUACUCUGUGCCAGAGGCAGUUCUGGGUGGUGUAUACCGUGUAUUUGAUUGUGUUGUUUGUCGUAGUGAAUUCUUUUCCGCUAGUUCGAUCAA